AGAAGAUGUUUCAUGCUAAAUAUCUUAGCCCUAGCUCUUUGGGUUCUUUAAAAGAAGAUAUUUUAAGUUUUUACUAUAUGCAUAUAGGGAAAAUCAAAGACCCCCUGGGGCGGGGCCAAUUUUGACCCCAGGGCUUUUAUUUGAACAAACUUAGUAGACACUCAUUAGAAGUUUUUUCAUGCCAAAUAUCUAAGCUCUAGCUCUUAGGGUUUUUUAAAAGAAGAUAUUUAAAGUUUUUUCUUUCGGUUGCCAUGGCAACCAGAGUUCUGCAUGGAAUUAAAUUCUUUGAACAAUUUUUAAAGGUGACCACCAAAGGAACAUUCCUGUGAAGUUUGGAUGAAAUUGGCUUAGUGGUUUAUGAGGAGAUGUCAUUUAAAGUAAAAGUUUACGGACGGACGGACGGCCGGACGCCGGACGAAAAGCGAUCACAAAAGCUCACCCUGUCACUUUGUGACAGGUGAGCUAAAAAGUGACAUUUUGACUAUCAGGAACAUUUUAAAACAUUUAUGUGCUUAAUUUUGUUUGUUAUAAUAAAAUAAAUGUAUUAAGGAAGCAUGUGCAACAUUGAUAUUAUCAACCGUCGAAACGGAAUGGCACCUUUGGCUUACCCCUUUGGUGAUAUUCUGCUCUCAAUUUCAAUGUCACGCAUGAUGCCAUGUUAGUAGUUAACUAGGUAGCUCGUCAAUUCCGAUACAUUAGAAGCCGGUAUACCUUAGGAGUUGAGGGGUAUAACGACUUAACGAUAAUUCGUUACUGCUUCGUUUAUAAUCAUUAUAUUAGAUUUUACGUUUUCUACCCUUUUUUUUAUUAAAUUGUAAAAUACAUUUUAAGAAUUCAAUUGUCAUAUUGACCGAUGAUUAUAAGUCAGAACUUAACUGGAAAAAGUCAGUAAAUUAUGGUUAAUCUUUCAAGAUAUAAUAUUGCUUAUUCUUAAACAAUGUACAUGUACAUUUGUAUUUUUCUUCAUUAUUUUUUAAAUUAUCAAUCAAUUGAAUAAUUCAUAUAAUCUAAUUUGUAACUUUGAAAAUUCCUCGGCAUCUUUACUAAACACGAAUAACAAAUUAAAUAAAAUGUUUCAAAGUUGAUAGUGUCAUAUUAAUACCAUAAAAAUGUACCUUUUUUCUCAAUGAUUGUACAUAUUUAUUGUUUUUAUCUCAUAUAGAUAAAAUGAAACAUGCUAUUGUUGUUGUUGUUUUUUCGAAUUACGUUUAUGUAUAAUAAUAAUCAAUAAAUUUUAGAGUUUAUCUGUGUUUAUUAAUUAUUGUAACCAAACUAAGUGACAAACAUUCGUUUUGGAAAAUAUUUGUUCUGUUCUGUAACGAUAUCAAACAUCUACUCCAAAUCCGGGAGAGACCGGACAAUAAACGUGUGAUACUAUUCGCCGGUCACUAGUAAAUCCCGGUCAAAAUAGACCGGGAGAGACCGGGAUGUUCCGAUAGGAGUACACCCCUCUAUAAAUAGAUUUUCGGAAUGUUUAGGUCAUCAACUCAUCAUUCUAUUUAUAGCUUUCGGAUACAUGUACAACAAUGGGCGCAUUUGUUGCCGAUAAACUUAGUUUGGUUUCAAACCCGUUUUGUAAACCCUACAUUUGUUUUUCAGUUUUUCACUUAAACUAAAACUGAUUUUUUAGUUGUUUUUAGAAGCGGAAACAAGAACCGGUUUAGCAAACUGACCAAACUGCCUCCAGGUGCAGUUUGAUCGGUUAAGGUUGUCCGAACAUACAUGCACUUUCCUGGAAAAAUGGCGGCAGCCAAACAUGAAGGAAUGUUGGACCAAAAUUCAAAUCGAAUCAUGGCAAUUGGGCCGUUAUGUACAGUCGUGCCUAUACAGUUUCAUCGGUAUUUGUCGCCAGCUACAUUGAAAUCAUACUUGGCUUGUAAUGAAACCUACGGCAAUGAACUUAGAAAAUCUGUAGAGCCUGCUGACAUUCCCGUCAUAGUAAAGAACUACAGUGAAGUAGUGUAUGAUGGUGUUCAAAAACGUUUAAAUCAACUUGGCAAGCAAGCAGUUGAAGCAUUACAUCCAUGGGUUGUUAACACUUUGGUUGACUGGGAUGAUUUUGACAGGUGGAUUUGCAUGGCUGCUGAAGAAACCCAGAAGCCCAAUUUACCAAAUGACAGCCCACCUGGUUACUACUCCACAGAUGGCAAUCCACCUUGUAACUCAUCCACUGAUGACACCCCACCUCGUAAUUCAUCCACAGGUGAUAGUCCACCUCAUAACUCAUCCACAGAUGACAGUCCACCUGGUACUUUGUCGGAAAGCUGCAAGGCAAAAGGUAAUCAAAAAAAUGGGUCAAAGACAGAAAAGGCCGGGUUGCAUAUGUAUACAAAAUAUCAUGAGGCUGUGAUGUUACUUAAAUUUUCUACCACUGUCUUGACCAUUCAUGUUGAAAAUUUAACUUAGUUGGUAAUGAGCAUCAGACCUGAAAUGGAAUCCCACAAUAUGGGA